AUGACUCCCCCCGCCCCCCGCCCCGCUCCUCACCCGCAGUCGCUCGCUGUCGGACUACUCCCCGAGGCCUCACGGGAAAGGGGCGGGGCCCCAGGGAAGCCGUCGGAGCGCGCGCCGCCGCCGCCGCCGCCGCCGCCGCCGCUCUUAAAGGGGACGAGACACUCCCAGCUCGCUGGGCCCCAAGCCUUUGGCCUUCUGUCCCCCAGGGCACCAGCUCUCCGCUCAGGCUCCGCUGCCAGCAAACAUCCAGGCAACUCCCAGCUGUCCCAGUGUGGAUUCACUCCCAUUAACCAGCUCAUUAAGUUCUGUGAGGAUGCUUCCUCUCCCCUCCCCCCCACCGCCCCGCGCCUACCCACCUCAGCCCCGCCUUCGAUGCUCAUACAGGUCUCUUUUAAGAAACAGCACCCCGCCCGCGCCCCUCCGGUCCACACGCCCCUCUUCUACCGCACGAUUUCUCUCCUCCUGUUCAGACCGAGCUUCUCAAAAGAGUCGUCUACACCGCCGCCUGUUUUGCUCCGCCCUUCGCAAAGCGGCAGCGCGGCGCAGGCCCGGCCCCUCGGUACUCGGGGACUUUUCUCCGUGUCGCUUCCCCUUCUUCCCGGCAUCCCCGUUUCCGCUUUCUCAUGGCUCUUUGGUUCUCCCACCUCUCAGGCGCUUCGCGCCCAGGGGUUCACUGACGUCAUCUCUCUGCGCUGCGCGGACACCCGCCGGUGGAGGAAGGAACAGCUUCGCCGCCCUUCGCUUCUUUUGUUGGGCUGCUACUCCUCCGGAGUCAUGGCGCCGUCGCUGUGGAAGGGGCUGGUGGGCAUCGGCCUCUUUGCCCUAGCCCACGCGGCCUUUUCCGCUGCGCAGCAUCGUUCUUAUAUGCGAUUAACAGAAAAAGAAGAUGAAUCACUGCCAAUAGAUAUAGUUCUUCAGACACUUCUGGCCUUUGCAGUUACCUGUUAUGGUAUAGUUCAUAUUGCAGGGGAGUUUAAAGACAUGGAUGCCACUUCAGAACUAAAAAAUAAGACAUUUGACACAUUAAGGAAUCACCCAUCAUUUUAUGUAUUUAAUCAUCGCGGUCGAGUACUGUUCCGGCCUUCGGAUACAACAAAUUCUUCAAACCAAGAUGCAUUGUCCUCUAACACAUCAUUGAAGUUACGAAAACUUGAAUCACUGCGUCGUUAAGAUUUUUAAAAAUUAUAAUAACAGAUUAGGACAGGACACAGAGCUGGAAUAUUGGAGUUUGGGGUACAAAACACUCCCCCCCAUCAGUAUUUAUAUUGACCUUUCAGACCUAAUUAAAAAAGUCUAUGACCCUUGUUUAUACACUGUUAAUCAAAUCAUUAAUGCAAUAUAAGUUAUCUGUGAAAUGAGUCUUUGAUCUUUCAUAGAGAGAAUUCUUUUUUCAUCUAAAACAAAUUCACAUGUUUUGUAAAAGUCACUGUUUUGAACACAUUUCUUUGAAAAAUGAUGGUUUUGUAAUUAUUUAUUUUCUUAGAUUUCUUUUCUAUUGCACUACAGUUUUUAGGAUCCUUUUGGAGAUAGUGUGACUACUGCAUUUUGCAGCAUGAAUGAUAGUAAAAUGGUCUUAAGUUCUUCUUAAGAACUUAUGGACUUAUGAAGUCCAUAAGUUCAACAAAUGGACUUCUCUAAAGAGACCAAAAUGGUGACUUAUCAGUUUUUCUUAUGCCCCCUAAAAAGUGGUUCUGCUUCAGCAGAUACUUGCCAGUUUUUAAUUUAUCCAUUACUUCUCACCCUACCCCACUCCCAUAUACCUCCUAACAUCAGUCUUGUUUCAUCACUUCUCUGGGGUUCUGUGUGCAGUGAGCAGUUUUUGUGUCAGAAAUCCUUUGUCAUAACAAAUAUACUUAACAAACUCAGCUUGCUGUAAAGCUACUUGUGUUUUCUUCCUUUAUUGGUAAAAAAUGUCCCGAAUUGAUUAUGUAGUGUAAGAAUAGUUGAAGAUAGACCAAAAAGACCAUCAAUGAAU